GCCGUAAAUGCCUCGGUGGUUGCCGCAAAGUGUCGUAAUCGCUUUCGCACGCGACUUGUCUCCGUUUGGAUUUGAUCUUUUGUGAGAGGAAAACCUGCGACGGGAGAGGGUGUGACAAUGGCAGACGAGGACCCUUUACCGGGGGGCUGGGAGAAGAGAAUGAGCCGCAACUCAGGCAAGGUGUAUUACUUCAACCGCGUGACCAACGCCAGCCAGUGGGAACGACCCGCUGCAGGAGAUGUCCGCGUCGAGCCAGAUAAAGUUCGCUGCUCGCACCUCUUGGUCAAGCACAACCAGUCCCGCCGGCCUUCGUCCUGGCGGGAGCAGAACAUCACGCGGUCCAAAGACGAGGCUCUCGAUCUGAUUCAGCACUACAUCGAGCGGAUCAAGUCGGAAAAGGACAAGUUUGAGAGUUUAGCCUCUCGGUUCAGCGACUGCAGUUCAGCCAAGAACGGCGGAGACUUGGGACUCUUUGGCAGAGGUCAAAUGCAGAAGCCUUUCGAAGACGCCUCUUUCGCACUCAAGAUCGACGAAAUGAGCGGCCCCGUUUUUACCGACUCUGGAGUGCACAUCAUCCUGCGCACUGGCUGACCGCGCGCACGCACACACACACACACACACACACACACGCACUAAGCUUUCUCACAAGAGUGCAAAUGCUAUCCUAAAUCCAAUCCUAAAAUAUUUUACAACAACAAAAAAUAUGCUAUGGAACAGAUUGAAGCGCAGAUGACUGAAUGUGCAUGAUACCAAACAAUAAAAGCUCAUCUUGCGCUUUCGUUUCCACCUUUGAAAAAAAGAAAAAAAAAUCCUGUAAUUUCAUUGCCCUCAUGUUAUUUUUCACGUGUGACAAAAACAGUUAAGCUUUGCCGUCCGUACGAGUCGUCAAAAUAAAAGUCCUCUCUUUUUGUG